AUGAAGGCAAAGGAGGCAGAGCCUGAGCGCUCGCAAGAAUGCCCUGCCCUGCUGCUUCUGCUGUCCUUGCUGCUGCUUCCUCUGGGCCUCCCAGUCCUGGGCGCCCCCCCACGCCUCAUCUGUGACAGCCGAGUCCUGGAGAGGUACAUCCUGGAGGCCAGGGAGGCUGAAAAUGCCACGAUGGGCUGUGCUGAAGGCUGCAGCUUCAGUGAGAACAUCACAGUCCCAGACACCAAGGUUAACUUCUAUGCCUGGAAGAGGAUGGAGGUCCAGCAGCAGGCCAUGGAAGUCUGGCACGGCCUGGCCCUGCUCUCAGAAGCCAUCCUUCAGGGCCAGGCCCUGUUGGCCAACUUGUCCCAGCCAUCCGAGGCCCUGCAGCUGCACGUGGACAAAGCUGUCAGCGGUCUGCGCAGCCUCACCUCUCUGCUUCGGGCGCUGGGAGCCCAGAAGGAAGCCACCCCACUUCCAGACGCAGCCUCCUCCGCAGCCCCACUCCAAACAUUCACUGUUGAUACUUUAUGCAAACUUUUCCGAAUCUACUCCAAUUUCCUGCGGGGAAAGCUGACGCUGUACACAGGGGAGGCCUGCAGGAGAGGGGACAGGUGA